AGAAAACCGUACGGCACGUGAUCACCUGCGCAGUUGGCGUAGUGUCGCUGUGACUGGCGCCUGGGUGCGGGAGGAUAUUGAUUGAGAAUGAUUUGCAGACCAGGAUCUUAAAACAAGUUCUGACAGUCAGCGGAAUGAUCAGGGUCUGGAUAUCAUUGGCAUUUCACUGUGGAAGGAGAAAGGAUUUUGAACACUGAAGGAGAAAGCACCAUUCACACCGGGGAGAAACACAUAUCAUCUGUGUGUGGAAGAGUCAAUGAAGAUUCAUCUGAAAUGUCCAAACGCCAGCACAGUCACACUGGGGAGAGCCUGUGGAAAUGUGGGAAUUGCGGGAAGGGAUUUCUUUACCAAUCCCAGCUGGAAAAUCAUCAACGCAGUCACACUGGCGAGAAGCCAUUCACUUGCUCUGAUUGUGGGAUGGGAUUCAGUCAGUCAGCCAACCUGCGGAUCCACCAGUGGGUUCACACUGGGGAGAGACCAUUGACCUGUUCCGAAUGUGGAAAAGGAUUCACUCACUCAUCUAAACUGCUGGAACACCAGCGGGUUCACACUGGAGAGAGACCAUUCACCUGCUCCGUUUGUGGGAAAGCAUUCGCUCAGUCAUCCAACCUGCUGAUACACCAGCGAAUUCACAGGAGAGAGAAACCAUUCACCUGUUCUGAAUGUGGGAAAGGAUUCACUCACUCAUCUAAACUGUUGGAACACCAGGGAGCUCACACUGGGGAGAGACCAUUCACCUGUUCUGAAUGUGGGAAAGGAUUCACUCACUCAUCUAAACUACUGCAACACCAGCAAGUUCACACUGGAGAGAGACCAUUCACCUGCUCUGAUUGUGGGAAAAGAUUCACUCACUCAUCUAAACUGCUGGAACACCAGGGAGUUCACAGUGCGGAGAGACCAUUCACCUGCUCUGCUUGUGGGAAAAAAUUCACUCGGUCAUCCAGUCUGCAGAUACACCAGCGAGUUCACACUGGGGAGAGGCCAUUCACCUGCCCCAAUUGUGGGAAGGCAUUUGCUCAGUCAUCCAACCUGCUGAUACACCAACGAGUUCACACUGGGGAGAAACCGUUUACCUGCUCCCAGUGUGGGAAGGGAUUCACUCAGUCAUCCAGCCUUCGGAUACACCAGCGAGUUCAUACUGGGGAGAAACCAUUCACUUGCUCUGACUGUGGGAAGGGAUUCACUUCGUCAUCCAGCCUGCUGAAACACCAAGGAGUUCACACAGGAGAGAGAGCAUUCACCUGUUCUGAAUGUGGAAAAGCAUUCAUUCACUCAUCUAAACUACUGGAACACCAGGGCGUUCAUACUGGGGAGAGACCAUUCACCUGUUCUGAAUGUGGGAAAGGAUUCACUCACUCAUCUAAACUGCUGGAGCACCAGCGAAUUCACACAGGGGAGAGACCAUUCACCUGUUCUGAAUGUGGAAAAGGAUUCAUUCGCUCAUCUAAUCUCCUGGAACACCAGCGAGUUCACACUGGGGAGAGACCAUUCACUUGCUCUGAAUGUGGAAAAGGAUUCAUUCGCUCAUCUAAACUGCUGGAACAUCAGCAAGUUCAUACCAGAGAGAAAUCAUUCACCUGCACCGCUUGUGGGAAGGGAUUUACCCAAUCAUCCAACCUGCUGAGACACCAGCGAGUUCACACUGGAGAGAAACCAUUCAUCUGCUCUGAUUGUGGGAAAGCAUUCGCUCAGUCAACGAUCCUGCUCAUACAUCAACGAAUUCACAGGAGAGAGAGACCCUUCACCUGCUCCAAUUGUGGAAAGGGAUUUACCCAAUCAUCCAACCUGCGGAGACAUCAGCGAGUUCACGCUGGGGAGAAACAUUCAUUCAGUCAACUCACCUGCUGAUACAGCAGCCUGUUCACUCUAAAGAGAGACUGUUCAUUGUUCCGUACAUGGGAAGGGAUUCACUCUGUCAUCCAAACUGUUAAGACACCAGUGAAAUGACACCAGGUGGAUCCCAUUCGCCUGCUGUGUUUGUGUAAAAGGCUUUGCUGUUUGCUUAGCACACCAGCAAAUUCACAAAGAGCCUAAUGUGAAGGAUUUUACUAUUACUCACACCAAGGAAUGAACCUUGAUCAUUGGACAGUUAUUUUGAUGUUAUUAAACCCUGCUGUAUUAAAGGUGUUGAUAUUGUAGAUACACAACUGUAUCAAUGUUUUAUCUCUAGGUUUUAGAAAUGAUCACAAUGGUGCUGUACAUAAACACAUUUACACUAGGUAAAGAUCUGCAUAUUGUUUGUAAAGUGAUUUUGUGGUUCCUCAGGAUUGGUUAAACAACAAUGAGUUUCUUAGUAACUGUCACCGUUGGAUUUUAAUUCUAAAGUUAUCUAUAUCCAAACAGUUUUUUUCUGGGCCUUUCUCUGAUGUUUGUAAACAGCACAGGUUCAGUUACCUGUAUGGGAUAAAAAUAAUACAAAUCAAUUUUUACAAAAA